UCGGGACGCCCCACGAAAGACUCAAAAUAGUGGAGUGACUCUAGCAGCAACAACAGAUAGUUUUGCUAGUUCUAGGGACCAAAAUCCCAUAGAUGGCGAGGUUAUUUAUUAUGGAGUUAUUCAAGAUAUCAUUGAGAUUGAUUAUUAUGGCCAUUUUAGUGUUGUACUGUUUAGAUGUGAUUGGUUUCAUAAUGAAGUAGAUGAAUAUGGGUUAACUCGGGUAUACUUCAAUAAGUUAUGCAGUAAAGAUGAUCCUUUUGUGUUGGCAUCACAAGUUCAUCAAGUUUUUUAUGUGGCGGAUCCAGUUGAGAAAGAUGUUUAUUAUGCAAGGAAUAAAGUCCCUGUUGAUUUGUAUGAUCUAGAGAAAGAGGAUUGUCCUAAUAUAGGAGACACAUUUUGGAGGGAGCCUAAUGAUGACAUUGGUCCAUCAACUAGAUUAGAUGACGGUGACAUUAGAUGGUCAAGAGAAGAUGUGCCCGCUGAUGUCGUUGAUAUUCCAUCUAAUGCACAACAUUCAGAAGAUACAAUUAUGGAAACAUCGGAAGAGGAGGAUGAGUUCGAUGAUACUGAUUGGGAUUGGAUGGAGGAAAAUGAUUAGACAAUAAAAGACUUGAGUAAUCAUGAAUCAAGACGGGAGUUCAAGAAAAAGCAAGAGAGUUAAGAACUCAAACUUCAUUCCACCUGGAUCAGUUGUAUCUUUGCUAAGCCAAAGGGUUUUGAAUCAUAGGCACAAGCCAAACUCAAAAUACAUUUCAGAUGUUCAUGUUACAAAGUCAAAUGAAAAGCAUUACAAGCACAAGCAGAACUCAAACUACAUUCCAGCUGGAUCUGAAGUGGAACAAGUGCGGCAAGUGUGUCCCGAUUCUAUCUGUCCUGCAGCACAAACAGUACAUGAGCAAGUCUUGUUGGAUUCCACCACUGCUGAAUCAGGAGAAGCACAAGAACAAGUGCAACAAACCUCACAACUUUCCAGCAUUCCUGCAUUACAAGCAGUUAAUGAACAAAUCCAACAAGAUCCAUAUGAUUCUACUAAUCUUGAAGCAAAUGACCAAUCUGGGGAAAGAGGCAAGAUUUUACAGAUUUAAACUACAUGCACUUGAAAUUAGAAUUAGUCUUUAGCUUAUAAAAUCUGAUAGUUGUUCGCUAACUUUGAUUUUAGCAGUGUGAUUGUUCCAAAUUUUGUUUACUGGUGAUUUUGCUGCUUACUUUUCAAUUUUAAGCAGUUCCAUCUCUACAUUUCAGUAAUACUUUCAAACUACGCCGCUGACAUCGAUUUUGAUGGUAGAAAAUGCUCGCUAACUUUGAUUUUAGCAGUGUGAUUACUGUUCAACUUUUUGACUGGAAUUUUCCUUUGUUACUGUGGAUUUUGUUGCUUAUUUUUCAGUUUGAAGUAGUUUAAUCUGUACAUUUCGGGAAUACUCUUGAACUACUUCGUUUUUUCUUAGUUUUCAGAGUUGAAGUGCUUUUAAGUUUGGAUUUAAUUGAUUUUUCUAAUUUUUGUGGAAUUUCCUUUGUUACUGUCUUAUUUUUCAGUUAUAAGCAGUUCGAUCUCUACAUUUCGAGAAUACUCUCAAACUACGCCGUUUUUCUCAGUUUUUUAUAGUAGAAAAUGUUGCUAACUUUAAUUUUAGUAAUUUUUUCAGUUUCAAACACUUCGAUCUGUGUAUUUUGAGAA